AGUGGGUAGAGUGGGAUCUAGUAGAAAAAAAAAGGAAGAAAAAGGACAUCCAUAUUCCAAACGAGUCGUGUCGACACUAGAGGAGGAGCAAUUUGUUUUCUCUCAUUCUCAUCAAGUUGUGCAGCCGACUUUACAGUCGUCUCCACUAUCAGCCUUAAACUGAAGCAAUGUCAUCUUCACCGCCGCCGUCGACAAUCCGCCGCCACCUGCUGGUUUUUCCUUUCCCAGCUCAAGGCCAUAUGCUCCCACUUCUCGAUCUCACCCAUCAUUUAGCCUCUCAUGGCGGCUUCACCAUCACCAUUUUAGUUACCCCCCAAAACCUCCCCAUCCUUCAGCCCCUUCUUUCCGCCCACUCCUCCGACUCUAUUCGCACUCUGGUUCUUCCCUUACCCGAUCAUCCCAAAUUGCCCCAUGGCGUCGAAAACGUCAAAGAUAUCGGAAACCAUGGCAACAUCCCCAUCAUGUUGGCUCUCCGCCAGCUCCACGACUCCAUUAUUGAGUGGUUCAACUCCCACUCUUCGCCUCCCAACGCCAUCAUUUCCGAUCUCUUCCUCGGUUGGACCCAAUCCCUCGCCGACCAUCUUCAAAUUCCCAGGAUAGUUUUCUACAGCUCUGGUGCCUUCCCCGUUAAUGUCAUGGAUUACUGCUGGAUUCACACAAAAACAACUAAUCUUCGUUCUUCUAUUACGAUUCCUAACAUACCCAACUCACCCUCCUUUGAAAGAGAGCAUUGGUCGCUCAUGUCCCUGAAAUACCAGGAUUCAGAUCCUGAUUGGGUUCUAUUGAGGGACGACGCCAUGGCUAACGCUAACAGUUGGGUUAGUGUUCUCAAUACCUUCGAGAAUUUGGAGCAUGAGUAUUUGGAGCAUUUGAGGAAGAAAAAGGGGGAAGGGCGCGUAUUUGGAGUUGGACCGCUGAAUAUCAUCGAGAACAAAAAUGGGCGUAACCCAAUUCGAGAGUCGAGUUCAGAGAUUCUUAAAUGGCUUGAUAGAUGUCCUGAUGAUUCGGUGGUUUACGUUUGUUUUGGGAGUCAAAAGAAACUGAAUCGUCAGCAAGUGGAAGCACUCGCUUCUGGGCUUGAGAAAAGCGGGACUCGAUUCAUGUGGGUGGUUCAAACAAUUCAUCAAACAGAUGGCGGGACAGACGGAAUACCAAUUGGGUUUGAGGAUCGUGUGUCAGAUCGUGGAAUUUUGGUGAAGGGAUGGGCGCCUCAAGUGGCGAUACUGAACCACCGGGCGGUUGGGGUGUUUCUGAGUCACUGUGGGUGGAACUCAAUGCUUGAGAGCAUAGUGGGCGGAGUAAUGAUACUUGGUUGGCCCAUGGAAGCGGACCAGUUUGUCAACGCGAGGCUAUUGGUAGAAGAGUUGGGAGUAGCGGUGCGUGUUUGCGAGGGGACGAGCUCAGUGCCUGAAUCGGACGAGUUGGGGAAGGUAAUCGCCGAGGCUAUGAGCGGAGAUUCGCCGGAGAAGAUGAAAGCGAAAGCGCUGGAAAGAGAGGCGGUGGAAGCAGUGAGGAGCAAUGGGAGUUCAUGGAAGGACAUGCAAGACUUGGUCAAUAAGCUGAUCCAACUCCCAUUAAACUAAACGCAUGAAAUUGCAAGAUCAUUUUGUAACGAGUUCCGGGUGCUUUUUUUGGUUGUUUAUAUUCGAAGUUUCAAGUAUUUGAACUAUAUUUUAAUAUUCAUAAUAUAGUAGUAUAGAAAAUUUUCUAACUUUAACUCAAUGCUAACGCUUUAAUAGUGUCAAA